AUGUUUCCAUACGUCACAGACUAUAGCGGUUUUGCUAUCAGGAAAUGGAUGAUUGAUAAUGUGGAUGUUGCCGGCUUCCUUUGCCUCUUGUAUCUUGGGCUUGUGUGGAAGGGACCAGGCGUCGUGAAGAGCCUCAGAGAAAAGAAUUUAAUCAAUGCAACACUUCUUCAGGGCGUUUUUAUUAUGUGGAAUCUCUUUUUGUCCACCUUUUCCGUCAUCGGAAUGAUCGUCGUUGUUCCCGCCGCUAUUGCACACAUCAGCAACAAGGGACUUGUUCCCGCUCUUUGCGAGAGGGAUGUAAACAUGAUUUACGACUCUCCCGUCGGUUUCUGGGUUGGUGUGUUUGCGUUGUCAAAAAUACCGGAAUUGUUUGACACGGUUCUUCUUGUUUUGCAGGGGAAACAACCUCCGUUCCUUCAUUGGUAUCACCACACCACCGUGUUAAUCUUCUCUUGGCAAAGCUACUGCGAGGGAAGUAGUACCAUAUUUGUCUUUGUUGCCAUGAACCUGACGGUACAUGCCGUCAUGUACUUUUACUUCGCCAUGUGUGCCAGUGGAUUCAAGGCGAUUAUGCGAACCAUUGCUCCGGUUAUUACAAUUAUGCAAAUUUUGCAGAUGAUAGUUGGCAGCGCUGUAACAAUGUACUCCGCAUAUGUACUUUACAAUCCUCAACCUGAUGGGCCACAGACUUGCGAUGUGACAAAAGCAAGCGCUCGGAUGGGAGUGGUGAUGUAUUUGAGUUAUUUGUACCUCUUCGCUGCGCUGUUUGUUGAGUCAUACCUGAAACCAAAAAAGAGGACCGAAAAGUCGAAAUGA